CCGCUUCCGGCCGCGGCAGAGUUCUCCCGCCUCCGCCGGCUCGUGGUCGUCCCGCCAUGGCACUGUCGCGGGGGCUGCCUCGGGAGUUGGCCGAGGCCGUGGCCGGAGGCCGGGUGCUGGUGGUGGGUGCGGGCGGCAUCGGUUGCGAGCUCCUCAAGAACCUGGUGCUCACCGGCUUCUCCCACAUCGACCUGAUUGAUCUGGAUACUAUUGAUGUCAGCAACCUCAACAGGCAAUUUUUGUUUCAGAAGAAACAUGUUGGAAGAUCAAAGGCCCAGGUGGCCAAAGAAAGUGUGCUGCAGUUUUACCCGAAAGCAAACAUCAUAGCCUACCAUGACAGCAUCAUGAACCCAGACUAUAAUGUGGAGUUUUUUCGACAGUUUAUACUGGUGAUGAAUGCUCUAGAUAACAGAGCUGCCCGCAACCAUGUUAAUAGGAUGUGUCUGGCAGCUGAUGUCCCUCUUAUUGAAAGUGGAACUGCUGGUUAUCUUGGGCAAGUAACUACUAUCAAAAAGGGAGUCACGGAAUGCUAUGAAUGCCAUCCCAAACCGACCCAGAGAACUUUUCCGGGCUGUACAAUUCGUAACACACCUUCAGAACCUAUACAUUGUAUUGUUUGGGCAAAGUACUUGUUCAACCAGUUGUUUGGGGAAGAAGAUGCUGAUCAAGAAGUGUCUCCUGACAGAGCUGACCCUGAAGCUUCCUGGGAACCAAUGGAAGCUGAAGCCAGAGCCAGAGCAUCUAGUGAAGAUGGUGACAUCAAACGUAUCUCCACGAAGGAGUGGGCUAAAUCAACCGGAUAUGACCCAGUCAAACUUUUCACUAAGCUUUUUAAAGAUGAUAUCAGAUACCUGUUGACAAUGGACAAACUGUGGCGGAAAAGGAAACCUCCAGUUCCAUUGGAUUGGGCGGAAGUGCAAAGUCAAGGAGAAGAAACCAAUGCAUCAGAUCAACAAAAUGAACCUCAGUUAGGUCUGAAAGACCAGCAGGUUCUGGAUGUAAAGAGCUAUGCACGGCUGUUUUCAAAGAGCAUUGAGACUUUAAGAGUUAAUUUAGCCGAAAAAGGGGACGGAGCUGAGCUCAUAUGGGACAAGGAUGACCCAUCUGCAAUGGAUUUUGUCACCUCUGCUGCAAACCUCAGGAUGCAUAUCUUCAGCAUGAAUAUGAAGAGCAGAUUUGAUAUAAAAUCAAUGGCAGGAAACAUUAUUCCUGCUAUUGCUACUACUAAUGCAGUGAUUGCUGGGUUGAUAGUAUUGGAAGGAUUGAAGAUUUUAUCAGGAAAAAUAGACCAGUGUAGAACAAUUUUUUUGAAUAAACAACCAAACCCCAGGAAGAAACUUCUUGUGCCUUGUGCACUGGACCCUCCUAACCCUAACUGCUACGUGUGUGCCAGCAAGCCAGAGGUGACUGUGCGGAUGAACGUCCAUAAAGUGACUGUUCUCACUUUGCAAGAUAAGAUAGUGAAAGAAAAAUUUGCUAUGGUAGCACCAGAUGUCCAAAUUGAAGAUGGAAAAGGAACAAUCCUAAUAUCUUCAGAGGAGGGAGAGACAGAAGCUAAUAAUCACAAGAAGUUGUCAGAAUUUGGAAUUAGAAAUGGGAGCCGGCUCCAAGCGGAUGAUUUUCUUCAGGACUACACUUUACUGAUAAACAUCCUUCAUAGUGAAGACCUAGCAAAGGAUGUUGAAUUUGAAGUUGUUGGUGAUGCCCCAGAAAAAGUGGGGCCCAAACAAGCUGAAGAUGCUCCCAAAAGCAUAACCAACGGCAGUGAUGAUGGAGCUCAGCCGUCCACUUCCACAGCACAAGAGCAAGACGAUGUGCUCAUAGUUGAUUCGGAUGAAGAAGGUUCCAAUAAUGCUGACGUCAGCGAGGAGGAGCGAAGUCGUAAGCGGAAGCUAGAUGAGCCGGAAAACAUCAGUGCAAAGAGGUCACGCCCAGAGCAAACAGGAGAGCUUGACGAUGUGAUCGCUUUGGAUUGAAGAGAGCGCCUAGACCGGCCCCCGCGUUGGGCCGCCGGACCCCAGGCUGCUUGUUCCGUCCUUUGUUCCAAAGGGAAAAACUACACCAGGGUGUGAAGAUAAUUUGCUCCCUUUGAACAUUCAUUUGGCUAGAACUGUUAGAACACGCGGUCUGUUUGGAAGUAGAAAUAUCUAGUUUACAGCCUCUGAACAAAGGGCGUCACCUCGUGAGAUGAAACAACACAGUGCAUGUUGCCUUUUAAUGUACAUACCCUUAGGUAUCAUUUCAUAGUUUUAAAAUAUUGUGGUUUAGUAAAGUUGAUACCUGGUUAUAAAUAUUACGCCUUUAUUUUUGGUUAGAAGAAGAAUUAUUUUUAGCCUAGAUCUAACCAUUUUCAUACUCUUAACUGACUGAAACAGAUUCAAAGAAGUAUCAAGUGCUAUGCAUUGAAACUUGUUUUUAAAUGUUGACUGGCACUGUGUAUAUUAAUGUAAAACAAUGUUAAUUUACUCAAGUUUUCAGCUUGUACUGCCUGGUAUGUCUGUGUAAGAAGCCAAUUUUUGUGUAUUGUUACAGUUUCAGGUUAUUUAUAUUUGAUGUUUUGUAAGACUCAAAUACAGCUAUACUGUACUAUGGACCAAAUAAAUGACAUCUGCAUACUUUA